CUAUUGCUCGAAGGGCAGUUCUGUGAUUUGGUGCUGUACCUAGAUCCACAGUGCAGAAGAACUGCAACCGAGGGCUCUUUUCCCUUAACGGUGAGUUGCUGCUUUCUGAGUGGCUUGUAAGAGGUCUGUUCUGUCAAUUCUGGAGGGCCACAGGGAAUUCUGAUUCCGUCGAACCGACGGCAUUUGUGGAAUUUGCAGCUUUGUAAAUGUGCAAAGCCUUCGUAGGCUGUUCUGUCAAUUCUGGAGGGCCACAGGGAAUUCUGAUUCCGUCGAACCGACGGCAUUUGUGGAAUUUGCAGCUUUGUAAAUGUGCAAAGCCUUCGUAGGCUGCCUGUAACAUUUUUCAUUCCGCCUCUGAACUACCAGUCUGGAGCAGUAAUUUGUUCAAUGGAAAUGUUGAUCAGCUUUCGAUACAGAGGCAUACCAAACUUUGUCCUGACGCAAGUUUGAUACUCCUGAAAUGCAGCAUCAAGUUAGAAGCUGAAAAGUUGGUGCGGAAUUAUGACGUAGAACAGCCGAUUCAUUAAUAGUGUGCGAUGCUGUGUUAUUUCAAGUCUGAGCUGGAAAAUCAGCAGCGAGGUUUCAAAGACUCUGAUGAGCGAAAGGAAUCUGUUGAGCCAUGGCCCCUCUCCCACCCAAAGCCAGUAAAGUCCAGGAGAGGGUCCUGAAAGCAGCUGCAUUGGGCAGUGUGAAAGUCUUACGGGGUCUUCUUGGCUCUCACAGUCAUAUCAUAUCUAAGCGCGGUAGGAAAUUGGAGAGACGGGCUUCUAAGACGAGUGGGAGGAAGAAGUACGAACGUUCAGAUUAUAAGAGCAGCAGUGGAAAGAGCAGGAAGCGAACUAGACGAAGUAGCAGAGAAACUCGACGGAGAGGAGACGAGAGAAAGCGGAGAGAGUUGGAUUUAGAAUCCAAUUCGGAUUCCGAUUGCGGAGACGGCAACGAUGCCGAAACCUCGGAAUCAACACAGUUGGAGAGAGACUCAUCUGACUCAGGUUCAAACGAGAAGACACGUAAAAAGGCCCGUCCCUUUGAAACAUUGUGUGACAUUGUCAAUGGUAGGGAUUCCGACGGGCUAUCUCCACUUCAUCAUGCGUGCUAUGCCGGGUCCGAUAGGGCUGUGAAGUAUCUCAUAUCGAAAGGCGCAAGUGUGCAUGCUCGAGACUCGAAAGGAAACACGCCCUUGCACAUAGCCGCAAAAUUGGGGCUGCUGCCUCUUGUAUCUCGUCUUCUGAGGGCCGGUGGAAAUCUUGAGGCUUUCAACGAUGACGGUGUGACACCGUCAGAUAUUCUCUCAAAGACGAAUGAGCCAAAGGAGGAGGCGUUUGAACCUCCACAGCAGCAGGAUUGGUUCAAUCAUCUGGCUGAUGAAAUUAGCGACAAUGAGUGGUGGGGUGAGAACUUCUCUGAAGCUCCCGAGCCCCAAGAGUGGGAGGAUAUUCUGUUGGAAAAGUUGGCAGAAAACUCCCAAGCAAGGGGCUUGUACAAUGAGGAUCUCUUCAGUCUCAGAGAUUACCUUCGACAAGAGAAGGUGCGGAAUGAUGAGAAGCCUGAGAAGAAGCCCAAGAGCAAAGGCAAGGCUAAAGCAACAGACAAGGGUGAGCAGCAGAGAUUGCCGGAAGAAGUGAAGUUGCACAAGGAAGUUAUCACUGCAGAUGCGCGCAGCUAUUACAAGCGGUGGCAGCUGUUCUCGAAUUCUUACAAUUUAUGUCUCUCAUAUGCUGAUGUACCAUUCCCUGUUCUUGAGGGAAAGGAAGAAACAUUGGGACAAGUUCUUCUGCAGGGUAUUGAUCCAGCCAAGCACAGGGACGUUCUGAGGAAAGAGAUUCUGAAGUGGCAUCCAGACAAAUUCCUCCAAAAGUGGGGUCCGAAACUGCAGGGUCCUGAUCAUGACCGUAUCGUGGCACGGGUGAAUGGGAUAUCUCAAGCGCUUCAUGUUCUUUACAAAGAGCCAGCUUCAUCCAAAUAAAUGGGACUUGAAGAACCUGACUCAAAUCUCAGCCUUCUUUUGGAAGUUCUCCCACUUUCGUGUUGAAGUGCCAAUAGAAUUGUCCUCAUCUAUAAGUUAAUGCUACCCAGCAGUGGAGAAUUUCGGAGGUCCUGGUGGACAUCAAUUCUGAAGCGCCCAAGAGGUUUAGCAUCUGUUCCAGCUUUGAUGCGAUGGGUGAACGGCUGACAACCUUUGUUUCUUGUCUGGCUUGAACCAACGGGAGCAAAAGAACGAGAGUUGAAUUGUCCGAUAUUCGUGAAGAAGGACCUCCACGAUUUUCUUGUUCUUAGCAGCCUUACAUUGUUUCCCUGAACACUAUCCAAGUUCGUCUAUAUAAACAUAUCAUAGAGCGACUGGUCUGUUCAAUCCGACCUAAGAAUGUUCUAUAUGUAGACGUAGGCAGGAACGUUGACGUUGCGUUGAGGAAUGCAGUUGCUCUCACUAGUGGCACCUCUCAGUUCUUACUCAGUUUUUUGAUCUUAUCGACCUAAUUAACGGCGGGCUAUUGUGAGGGAGACUUCGUGGUUGUUACCUUCAGAGUUAGUGAUCUAGGGAGAUUUGACGACUGCAUCUUUGCAGGGCUCAGACACUGAUGUUCAUAAAUCUUUCACGCAUGAUGUAUGAUCAUCAGAUUUCGUCGUGUCGAGAACUCCAGCGUUCAGAGUCCAGGAAUUAUUGUAGCAGAUAUGAGCUCAAAUGCAUGAUAACUGACAUCGAUAAUCACAAGAUAUGCCGUUGUGUGCCUCGUCAUCUGUCGCAAUGAGUUCUUCAUUUUUAUAUUAUAUAUUUUUUGAAAUAACCCCA